CUACGGCAUCACUGCCCGCGUCACAACCAGUGACGUACCUAGCCAUACUCUGCCUAGGGCGCUGCAAUCAGCCUAACCACUAAUAUAUGGGCGUUACAAGACGUUUUUCAAACACACGUGUAAAAAACUUUUGUUAUGCAAUAUACGCGUAUUUAACCUCCAAGUUGAGGCAAGUUUUGAAAAUAACACAGCAACUUACUCGACAGGAAAUCUUGAGAUCGGUAAUAAAUAAUCGGUAACGACGGGGAUCCCUCCGCCACCAUUAUGUAUCUCUUGGGGACAACGGCAUUGUACUCAUCCUCUUCCUGCCACUCCAUACCUUUGCGACGUACAACGCAAAAAUUUCGAAGUAAUUAAUCGCGGGAGGAGAAGGAAAAGUCGGCUGUAUCCCGAGAUACGGUAUCCACGGGCGUGAAUUAUUUGCUCCUUCGCUGCUGGACGUCGUUAAGUUUGUUCAACUGCAUUUUGCGACAACCGACAGUCGAAUUAUAGCACUUCAAUUACAGAGAGGAACAACAAACGGGGUAUCUCUCGAAAAAAAUGUAUGGCUAGAGAAAAAAAACGCUAUAGGUUGAUAAAUGGUAACACUCGCGAUAAAUUUAAACAUGUUUACGUUACCAUCGACUAAUUUCAUCGUUGUAAUAUAAAUUACCGAUACUCGAAAGUUUGAUCACAUUUUGAAACAUAGUCGAUCCGCAUAUUGUGCUCGUGAUUCGUCUGACGCUGCGCGUCGCGACGACGCAAUGCUAUUGAAGCUCCGUCGCUUGACAGUUCGAAGAUGAUGACCUCUUCGGAAAUCGAGGUGGAGAACCUGAGCGAGAAGAACGCGGAGGACUCCGCGAUCUUGGAAGUUAGCACGAUGGCAGUCGGCGGUGUUAUUAAACAGGAGAGCCGUGACGUUGAUUUUCUGUCCAAUUGCAGCACUUCCGUCGAAGGUUCUGUGAUAGCUUCUCCCUCCAUUGAUAGUUUCUCUACUCUGCCAGAACAAGAGAUGUCGGAUUUUCAGACAGAUUCUAGAGACUUGCAAGUCAAAGUGGACAACCCUCAAAAGCAUCUCGAAACGCUUGAAACUUAUAUUACUUUUCGCAUAACAACAAAAUCUACAAGACCGGAAUUCAAGGAAGAGGAAUACGUUGUCAGAAGGCGUUACAAUGACUUCAUUUGGUUGCGAGAGAAAUUAGUGGAUUCAUAUCCUACGCGUAUCAUACCACCUAUGCCUGGGAAACAUACUUUGCUUGCUCAGUUAGAUCGUUACUCCAAAGAAUUUAUUAUAGCGCGUAUGAAGUUGUUACAUGUGUUUCUCAACAGAGUUGUAAAUCAUCCAAUCCUCAGUUGUGAUAAAAAUUUAUACAUCUUUCUGACAACUAAACCUGCGGAAUUCCUUAUACAUCGGAAAAAUCGUGGAAAUGUCCUUGUCAAGAUGACUGAUUCUUUGCAAAAUAUCGCAAGUACGUCUACCAUAAAACAGCGUCACUUCGAAUUUGAACAAAUUCGGGAUUAUUGUACAGCUCUUAGCGAAAAAUUAGCGACAGUAGAUAAAAUAAAUCAUCGUAUACACAAGGAAAGACAAGACUACCUGCUGGAAUUACAUCAAUUACAUCCAAUUUUCACUUUGUGGGCAACCUCUGAGCCAGAAUUAGCUCCUUUUUUGUUAGCUAUUGCUAAAGCGAUAGAAUGCAAUGCAGUGGCUCAUCAAAAACUCUUGGAAAAUGUAACAAAUGAGGAACGAGAAUACAUUUCAUAUGUAGAUGCAGUUAAAAAUGCUUUAUCUCGACGCGAUUCGAUGCAGAUUGAAUAUGAAAUGACCGUCGAAGAACUGGCCAAGAAAAGAUUGGAAAAGGAUCAACUAAUGGGUCUUACGAGCGGUAACACCUCGACUCAAAAUUGGGGUGGAUCACUUUGGAAGGCGGAAUCUCGUGAUGAAAAAUUAGAAAGACUCGGACAGAUUAUUCCACGAUUGGCAAAGCAAGCGGAAUUACUGCAAGAUUGCGUGGAAUGUGCAAACGAAAAUCUUCGAAGUGAUUUACAAAGGUGGAAUAUAGAGAAACAAAUGGAUUUGAAAAAUAUAUUAAUUUCAAUGGCAGAUCGACAGAUUCGACAUUAUCAGCAGUGUAUGAAUGCAUGGGAAGAAAUUCUCACUGGUUUGAAAUUGGAUGGGAUAGGAUCUGAAGUUAGUGUAGGGCCACCUAUUAAAAUUCCCGUUUGAAUUCCGUCUUUCAUUUUUAAACAUACACACACACACACAAAUACACACAUAUAGUAAUAAUCUUAUGCAUUUAAAAAGGUAAAAAAACUUGAAGCCACAAUUUGUCAGCAAUGACAAAUAUUUUAUUGCAUUUUAGAAACUGACUUUAUCAGUUUCGUCGUCGUUGCUUCAGCAAAUUAAAUAACUUUGUCUCUCAAAUCUUAAAUGUUUUGUAGAAAGUACAAUCGGUACUUAUAUACAUUACAAUGCAUUGAUUAGUCGCGCAUGUUACACGUUCAUAUAUAUACAUAUAUAUAUGUAUAUAUACACACAUAUAUAUGUAUACAUAUAUCGGUUUUUCAGAUAUAAAAAAGUUUAUGAUAAAAUGGCUUUAUAAUACAACACGGAUACGCGAAGUUAACGCAAAAACGUAAAUAAAUGUAUCUAAUUCUACAAAUCUAACUAGGAUAAAUUUUAGCAUAAAAACUCAAUGUUAUUUCAUGAUACAUUUUUUCUUUCACUAAUUAAUUUUGGGACCAAUUACUAAAUAAUUUGUCACUAUUUGUUCUUUUUCUUUGAAACCACAUACAAUACAUUCAUUGACAAUCAGUUCUUAAUUACUUAUAUCCGAUAAUUACCAAAGUUCAUGGAUAAUAUAUAGAUGAUCAAUGUAUAAUAUAGCGCUAGAAUAUAAUUUACAAAGUCCAAGCAAUCGCUUGUAACGUUCGUUGUAUCGUUAUUCAGUAUUCUUAAUAAUCUAUGUUAUUAUAUUUUGGACAAUUCAUUAUAGCGGCACUUAACAAUCAACUUAUUUAGGUAGUCUCGUGAAAAAAGCACAGUAAGAAUCUAUAUAACGUGUUACAUCUGUUGCUAUUUACGCCUGGAAUUAAUAAUAUUUCUGAAAUAGUAUCGUAGGUCUAUGGAGUAUGUUUCCAAUACAUUCGUUACAUUGCACACGCUAUCUUAUCAAUGAUGAAACUCUUAGAUUUGUAACAAUAAAUAAAUUAUUGUUUGCAACA